AUGGCUUCCAAGAACCAGAACAAGCCUCCCUUACCCAACGCUGCCACACCUUCAAGCCCUUCAAAUACCAAGUAUAGUGUAGAUGAGGUUUCCGUAGAUAAGAGGCGAAAGAUCGGGGUUGGAAAAAUGGUGGGUUCAACCAACACUUCCAGAACCCGGCAAGCGUUUACAGUUGUGAAUGGGGGUCAAGAUCUGGCUGCAGUAGUAAGGCCAGCUAGCAAUGCGGGCUCGGAUUGUGGCUCAUUGGAGUUUACCAAAGAGGAUGUUGAGGCCUUACUGAGUGAAAAGAUGAAAACGAAGAAUAAAUACAACAUUAAGGAAAAAUGUGACCUUAUGACGGAGUAUAUAAAGAAACUCAGGCAAUGUAUUAGAUGGUUUCAAGAGAAUGAAGGAAAUUUCCUCUCAGAACAAGAGAAGCUUAAGAAUAUGUUGGAUUCAGCGGAAAAGAAAUGCACUGACAUCGAGGUUCUAAUGAAAGCAAAGGAAGAGGAAUUGAAUUCAAUUGUUAUGGAGUUGAGAAAAAAAUGUUCCUCUUUACAAGAAAAAUUUGCGAAGGAAGAGACAGAUAAGCUGGCUGCAUUAGAUAAUUUUUCAAGAGAGAAAGAGGCUAGAGUUGCUACAGAGAGGCUGCAGGCUUCCCUUUCAGAUGAGCUCGGGAGAGCUCAACUAGAAAACUCAAGUGCUAAUCAGAAGAUUCAAUCGCUCAAUGACAUGUACAAACGAUUGCAAGAGUACAACACGAGUUUGCAGCAGUACAACAGCAAACUUCAGUCGGAGCUUGCUACAGCCAAUGAGGCCCUUAAGCGUGUGGAGAAAGAGAAAGCUGCUGUCGUGGAGAACCUUAGCGCUCUACGGGGUCAUUAUACUUCCCUGCAGGAUCAGCAUGCUUCUUGUAGAGUUUCCCAAGAUGAGGCCAUGAAACAAAAAGAACUUCUAGUAAAUGAAGUUGGAUGCCUGAGGGGUGAAUUACAACAAGUAAGAGAUGAUCGUGACCGUCAAUUGUCACAAGUCCAGGCUUUGACUGCUGAAGCUGUAAAAUUUAAGGAGUGGACUGAAAAAUCAUGUGCUGAGUUGGAUAGCCAGACUUUAAAGUCAUAUGAGCUGGAGGUAAAAUGUUUCUCACAAAGUGAACAUAUAAGGAAACUGCAGGAACAUCUUGCUGCCGCAGAAAAGAAAGUGCAGAUGUCCGAUUUAUCCACGCUGGAGACAAGAACAGAAUUUGAAGAGCAAAAAGAACUCACGUUUGAGUUACAAAGCCGUCUUGCAGAAGCAGAACAGAAAAUUAUAGAAGGAGAGAAACUCCGCAAAAAGUUACAUAAUACUAUACUGGAACUAAAAGGGAACAUCCGGGUUUUCUGCAGAGUGCGACCUCUGUUGUCUGAUGAAGGUUCUCUCACAGAGACAAAGGUUGUCUCCUACCCGACAACAACUGAAGCACUUGGACGGGGCAUUGACUUGAUGCAAAAUGGCCAAAAACAUUGCUUCACGUUUGACAAAGUAUUUUUGCCCGAUGCUGCACAAGCAGAUGUUUUUGUAGAAAUAUCACAGCUUGUACAGAGUGCUCUGGAUGGUUAUAAGGUUUGCAUUUUUGCUUAUGGUCAAACUGGUUCGGGUAAAACCUAUACAAUGAUGGGCAAGCCAGGAAGUCCUGAUAAGAAAGGGCUGAUACCACGCUCAUUAGAACAGAUAUUUGAGACUAGACAAGCUCUUCAACCCCAAGGAUGGAAAUAUGAAAUGCAGGUGUCCAUGUUGGAAAUAUACAAUGAGAAUAUACGUGAUCUGUUAUCAGCAAAUUUUUCAAAGACAGAGAGUGCUAAUGGUGGAAAGCAGUAUACUAUAAAACAUGAUGCAAGUGGCAACACUCAUGUGUCUGAUCUAACCAUUAUAGAUGUUUGCAGUAGCAAGGAGGUUUCAUAUCUUUUAGAUCGUGCUGCACAAAGCAGGUCUGUAGGCAAGACCCAAAUGAAUGAAGAGUCUUCCAGAAGUCACUUUGUCUUCACAAUGCGAAUAUCUGGUGUUAAUGAGAGCACCGAUCAGCAAGUACUAGGUGUCCUGAAUCUUAUUGACCUUGCUGGAAGUGAACGCCUCUCCAAAAGUGGAUCUACUGGAGACCGGCUAAAAGAAACUCAAGCCAUCAACAAGAGUUUAUCCUCUUUAAGUGAUGUUAUAUUUUCCUUGGCAAAGAAGGAGGAGCAUGUACCAUUUAGGAACUCAAAGCUUACUUAUCUUCUCCAGGAUUGGCUUAAUCAGCCUUGCCUAGGUGGGGACUCGAAGACUUUGAUGUUCGUGAAUCUUUCCCCAGAUCCUACUUCUGUUGGCGAGUCUCUUUGCUCACUUCGGUUUGCAGCAAGGGUUAAUGCUUGUGAGAUUGGGGUUCCCCGGCGUCAAACCAGUAUGCGGUCUUCAGAUUCUCGGUUGAGCAUAGGCUGA